AUUUGCUCUCAAACUUUGCUUUUGGACUGUCUGACCAUGUGGUUCCUUCAAUGGCGCGCGAUUCUUCCUCAUGUGUCAGCAAUCGUUGUCGCCCUGCUGGCAAGAUUUCUCCACAUGACGCUAGCGUUCCAGUUGGGACUUGUAUGUGUGGCUCUGGCCAUUACCACCGAUUGGUCACAAUCACAGUCACAGUCACGAACGAUGGAAAGGGAAGAGGACAUGCCAACACCGAUAGACAAUCCAACACCGGAAAUAAAGAAGCGGCAACCAAAAAAUAACAAGGGCAGUAAGAAGAAGAAGUGCAUAAUGGGGAGAGAAAUAUCAAAACUGGAGAAAAUAAAGGAGGCCGAUAGAACAAACACGGAUCCAUAAUGACAAGGCUGAGAGAAAUUGUUUGCAUCAGAAUGACGGGAGGACAAAUUAUAUGAAUUUUUACGUAAAAAAAUGUAUAUGUGAAAAUAUCGAGCUAAAUUGUAUUAUGUUAUUAGUUUUACUCAUUAUUACAAUUACAUUGUUGUUUCAUUCA